UUUCUAAUAGUUCACAUCUCCCAUUGCUAAAUGCUCCUUGGAAACUAAUUAUAAUUUCAAAGUUGUUUACUUUCCUCGUGUUUGGUGCAAAGUGCAUACGCUUCUUUUGAUCUAUUCAUUUGGGGUUCUUUGACUUGCCCCUUUUAUUGCAGAGUGUUGGAGGGUUUUCCCCAGGAAAAUUGAGGAACAUUCUACUUGGUGUGGAGAAGAGAAGGAAAGAAGAGGAAGAGCUUGAUUCCACUUUCACCGCGAGAUCUCUCAACUCCGACAUGGAUGAAUCUGGUGGUAGCAGUUCUGAUCACUGUAAAGAUGUAGACGUGGUGAGUGUCCUUCCUGAAUGUUCAACCUCUAAUGUAAAGGAUAAUGCCAUAAUAACUUCAAGGCAUAGAAUACUAGAUGAUCCUUCCUUGGAUUAUGAUAGUGGCCAUGAUACUAUGAUCAUGUCCUCGCCAAUGUUCGAAUUUCAAAGGGCUGAGCGAGCUUCACAGAGAGUGCCCUUGGGACCUUUCUCAAAACCAGCACCAUCUAAAUGGCAUGAUGCAGAGAAAUGGAUAGCAAGUCCAACAUCUAAUAGGCCGAAAACUGGACAGACUCAGGGGCAAGGUGGGCAAGUAGGAUCUCGAAAGGUACCUGGUCUUACCCAUGCAAGCCGCCAGUCUUCUAUGAAGGUUAUUGUUGAAGUUCCAGACCAAAAAGAAAUUGGUUUAGAUGAACCAGAUACCAAGCAAAUGGAUACAGAUCAAACUAAGAUGGAAAGUGGAGGACACAAGUUUGUGAAUUGGGAAGCCGAUCCCUAUGCCAUUGCAAAUUCUUUCGUUAGUCACAGCCAGCAUAGUUCAUCCAUUGCCAUUCAAAGCGCAACAACAUUCGUUCCUCCCCCUUCAACGGCUCGGUCUGUAUCAAUGAGAGAUAUGGGUACAGAAAUGACCCCUAUUGCUAGCCAGGAGCCAUCAAGGACAAGCACACCCUUGAGGGCGACAACCCCGACUCGAAGCCCAAAUUCUUCCCAUCCUUCUACUCCUGCCAGAGCUGCUCCUACAUCACCUUUAGCUGAUCCUUGCAAUGAUCAUCUAAGUCCCAGCAAGAAUGAAUUAUCCGAAAAGGAGCUACAAAUGAAAACCAGGAGAGAAAUAAUGGCCCUCGGGACACAACUAGGCAAAACAAACAUUGCUGCUUGGGCUAGCAAAGAAGAGGAGGAUAAGGAUGCAUCGACUUCACUGAAAAAUAAAACAGCUGAACCUAGUAGGAAUGUUGUUGAAGCACGAGCAGCAGCAUGGGAGGAGGCUGAGAAGGCCAAGUAUAUGGCCAGGUUUAGGCGUGAGGAGAUGAAAAUUCAAGCAUGGGAAAAUCAUCAGAAAGCAAAAACAGAAGCCAAAAUGAGGAAAAUUGAGGUAGAGGUUGAAAGAAUAAGGAGCAAAGCACAUGAUAAGCUCAUGAAUAAACUAGCAACUGUAAGGCACAAGGCUGAGGAAAAGCGAGCAUCGGCGGAAGCCAAUAGAAAUCGUGAAGCUGCGAAAACUGAAGAACAAGCAUCAUAUAUACGAAGAACCGGCCAUGUUCCUUCCUCAUAUUUACCCUUUUCUUGCUGCAGAUGGUGCUCUUAAAAGAAAGCAAGCACAGAGUUUCAUUAUUCUGUUGGUAUGCAAUGUGUUUUUGCUGCUUACUUCUAAGCAUGUUAAUUAUGCCUCUUGUAUUACCCUCAUGGUGUAAGAUGACACAAUGGUUUUCUUGUUGAUAUACCUACUUUUUAUUUUCCAUAUUUCUUCUAAAACUAGCUCAUAGUAAAGAUAUAGCUUCCAAAAAAUGUUCUGAUC